GGUGGGAGGGGAGAAAGGGUAGAUGGAUGGAUAAUUAGCUCAGGCACAUCACGUCCUGGGUGAUCUGAUAGAUUUCACUUUCCUGGACCAGAGAGGGACCAGUUUGCUCUCUCUCUCUCUCUCUCUCUGUUGAAACAGCACACAAGAAGAAGAAAAAGAAGGAGAAAAAGGAGAAGAAAAUAAAAAUCCCUUUAUGAAUUGACGUUUAUUGGAGGGGGGGGAAACAGAGCCUCUUGAAACUAUCAUUGUGUAGGGUAAGUUCCGUUUCCUGGUUGAACAAGCCAUCAGACCAAGUCAAAGAGACCAGGCGUGGGACACACACACACAACCUUGUCAAUGAGCCUUACCAUCUCGACAUGGGAGAAUCCAGCCGUCGCUUCACUAAAGGGCUCUUUAAACCCGGGACAGCUGCAGAAAUCCGUCACAACGCUUCUGCGGCUGUGAGAACGUCUUUGAUUGUGCAAGAGAAACCUAAAGUUAUUGAACCACUGGACUACGAGGCAAUCAUUGAAGAACAUGACGAAGACAUUCAAAACGAUCCUCUCAAAGAAAUGUUGUUGUUUCCAGAUGAUGAUUUCUCUACAUCAACAAUAUCAAGGGAAAGGCGUACUGUAUAUUCCAUGGUACCUGAAGGGGCGGAAAAUGAAGCAGAGAAUCUACUCGCGAAACAGGCUUGCAAGUAUUACAAUUCUAACUGGAACGUUGUGGACUACAAAUACGAACAGUAUUCAGGAGAUUUUAAACAGUUGCCUCGAAAAGAGUUUCGACCGGAAAAACUGCCUUCGCACACAUUCGAGAUUGAUCAUCACGAUGACGAAAAAGAUGAGGAUACAACAUCUCUAUCAUCUUCAAAAGGAGGGGGCGGAGGUGGAGGAGGAAUAGGAGUUUAUAAAUCUGGCUGGCUUCAUAAAGGGAAUUUUAAUAGCACUGUGAAUAACAGCAUCACUGUCCGUUCUUUUAAAAGGCGGUAUUUCCAGUUAACGCAGUUAUCAGAUAACUCUUACAUUAUGAAUUUUUACAAAGAUGAAAAAAUCUCAAAGGAACCAAAGGGUUGUAUCUUCUUGGACUCUUGCACUGGAGUUCUGCAGAACAGUAAGCUUCGGCGGCAUGCCUUUGAGUUAAAGAUGAACAGCAUGACGUACUUUGUGCUGGCAGCAGACAGUGAGCAGGAUAUGGAUGAUUGGAUUUCCACCUUAAACAGAAUCCUUCAGAUUAAUCCAGAAGGAUCGAAUCAGGAAAGAAAAAGUGUGGACCUCACUGACGUCAAACACGGUGAGGCGUUAGAGCGAGAAGCAGCAGAUAUUGAUAGUGAUGUAAUGGACUCAGCUGAGGAUGCCAUCAAUUCAGAGCUGGCAAAGUAUAUUGAAGAAACAGAAGAGACGAUAAGGUUGUCCAGGAACGAAGACAGAUUGAAUCUCUUUUCACUUGACCCUGAUAUUCCUGCCCUCAAGACACAGAAGUCCGACUAUUCCUUAAACGACUUAUCAGUGAAGCCUUACGAGGAGAGGCUGGGCAAGCGGAUCAGGGUCAUGUGCAAGUCUCUCACGUUGAACCUUCAGGCCUGUGUCACUGAUCAUGAGAGCGGUCAGAUAACCAAUAUUGAGCCAUUCUUUAUCAGCCUCGCCCUGUUUGACAUUCGGGAGAACCGAAAGAUAUCAGCAGACUUUCACGUGGAUUUAAAUCAUGACAACGUUCGACAGAUGAUUCCAAGCUCAGCGUCAGUGACAGAAAACGGAGGACAACAUUCUCCUGUCAAAACAGUUGUGGAGCAAAAAAACGUGGAGCCUCAGAUACAAGGUUUCCACGAAGGAUGGUUAGAGUACCCGAAACAGGCCAUUUUCUCUGUAUCAAACACACAUCCGGAUAUUGUGCUGGUGGCGAAAAUAGAGAAGGUACUAAUGGGGAAUAUUCCUGGCUGUGCUGAACCCUACAUCAAGAGCUCAGAUUCCAGCAAGACUGCACAGAAAGUUUUGAAGAAUAACAAGCAGUUCUGUAAUAAAUUGGGCAAAUACCGCAUGCCGUUUGCCUGGUCAGUAAGGUCAGUGUUCAAAGACAACCUAGGAACAAUAGAUCGAGAUUCUCGCUUCUCUCCUCUCUUCAGGCAAGAAAGUAACAAGGUUUCUACGGAGGAUUUGCUAAAACUAAUAACCGAGUUCAAAAGAGCUGAGAAAAUAACCAAAAUACAGACUAUUCCUGGCAAUCUGGACAUAGUGGUGGAUUAUGUGCCUAUUGAACAUUUAAAUUGUGUGACAUCUUCAUACGUAUCUGUUAAGCCAUUCAAGGACCCAAGCAAAAAUGACCCAACCAUCGAGGUCGAAGAGUUUGUACAAGAGUCUGCAAAAUAUUCCCAACCUUACACCGUCUACAAAAACCAAGUUUAUAUUUACCCCAAACAUUUGAAAUAUGAUAGCCAAAAGUGUUUUGCCAAGGCAAGAAAUAUAGCUGUGUGCAUUGAAUUCAGGAGCUCAGACGACGAAGGAGCGAAACCAUUGAAAUGCAUUUAUGGCAAAGCAGGAGUGCCACUGUUCACCACUGCAGCGCACACAGCAGUUCUACAUCAUUCACAUAACCCGGAUUUUUACGAUGAGGUGAAAAUUGAACUUCCCACUCAGCUGCACGAAAAGCACCACAUUCUCUUCUCGUUCUGUCACAUCAGCUGUGAAAUUGCUGCAAAAAGUGGUUCCAAAAAGAAAGAGGCAUUGGAAACGCAAGUUGGAUAUGCUUGGCUUCCCCUCAUGAAAGGUGGUGGACUUGUGUCCCAUGACCAUUCAAUUGCUGUAGCAGCCAACCUUCCUCCUGGGUACCUCAGUCAUCAGGACCAAACAGCAGGAAAAUCAUGUGGAUCUGAUGUAAAAUGGGUUGAUGGAGGGAAGUCACUCUUCAAAGUUUCUGUGAAUAUGGUGUCUACAAUUUACACUCAGGAGGAGAAAUUGAACAACUUUUUUCAGCAAUGUCAACGAAGGAAACAGGAAGUGUCUCAGGCUCCCUCUUCAGAUUUUGUCAACUCUAUCAAGGGUCUACUUGGCAUUGAAAGGAUCCAUGUGAUUGUGAGGUUCCUUCCUGUUCUUCUAGAUCAGCUGUUUUGCAUCUUGACAGAGAAUGAUCAAAGUGAAGUCACUACUGCCACCACCAGGGUUAUCGUUAAUAUUGUUGCAAAAUGCCACGAGGAAAAUUUGGACAGCUACCUCCGCUCUUACGUAAAGUUUGUUUUCAAGGCUGAAUUCUCUGAGUUGAAACAGCAAACAGUUCACGAAGAGCUUAUGAAAGGCAUGACUGAAGUCCUGAAAUCUUCAGAGGCAGCUGAAAUGAAGCAUUUGCUAAAGCAUUCCUGGUUCUUCUAUGAAAUCAUCAUAAAGUCACUGGCGCAGUAUUUAGUCGACAACAACAAGAUGCAGCUGAAGCGUACUGAGAGGUUUCCAUCGUCCUGUCAUAGAAUGAUGGAGGUCCUGGUGACCACCUUGGGAGAAAUCAUCUACAAGAAGUUCAGAGAAACUGAAGAAGAAACAAGGGAGGCAAACCGUUUCCUCGCCAUGUUUGUAAAGCGAAGUCUGACCCUUAUGGACAGAGGAUUCGUAUUGAAACUCAUUGGCAAUUAUGUGAACUUAUUCAAUCCUGGAGAUAAUAAAACCUUGUUUGAAUUUAAGUUUGAUUUUCUUCGAGAAGUUUGCAACCAUGAGCACUUUAUUCCUCUCAACCUGCCCACAGUGUUUCUGAAGAGCAAGACAGGUGUGCAUCCGGAAUAUACCUUGACAAACGAAUUUUGCCAUAAUCAUUUUCUCGUUGGACUAUUGCUCCGUGAAGUUGGAUUUGCACUACAGGAAGAUCAGGAUAUCAGGCACCUUGCAAUUGCUGUCCUGAAAAAUCUCAUGGCAAAGCAUUCCUUUGACAACCGAUAUGCCGGAAAGAGUCAACAGGAAAAAAUCGCCACUUUAUACCUGCCACUGUAUGGUAUACUUCUUGACAACCUUCCCAGGAUAUUUAUGAAGGACAUGUUUCCGUUCAACCUCAGUUCCUCUAAUCCGGGUUCCAGGGAUGACUUGAGUGCUGCUGCUGGGUCACAGAAUCAAUCAACCACCCCAACCCGUAAUACCAAUUCACUGGAAGCUUCAGUCUCAAAAGACGUGUUGAAUUCAAUAGCAGUUAUUUCAUCUGUAGCUAUGUCAACGGUAUCCCAUGCGGACUCCAGAGGUUCACUUGGCAGUCUGGAUUCUACCUCAGGCGCUUGUGAGAAAAUGAGUGAAAAACACGAUUCCUGUGAAAAGACUUAUUCCAGACCAUUGUCUUUGAUUGGAUCAACUAUUCGCUUUGACAAAUUGGACCAGGCAGAAACACGCAGUUUACUUACAUGCUUCCUCCAUAUUAUGAAAACAGUUUCUGAGGAGAUUUUAAGGGCUUACUGGUCUAAAGCCCCAUACUGUGAGCUAACCGAUUUCUUCAAUAUCUUAGAAGUUUGCGUUCAGCAUUUCAGGUUUCUAGGGAAGAGACAUAUUGCAAGGAAGUUAGCUGCUGCAGCUAAACUUGCACAGAGCAGCCAGAGUAAUGGCACUCUCAAAGGGUCGAACCCCACUCAUCAGAGUUCUAGCCUCCUCUCACAAUGGAUACACUCCGGACAUGACAGUCGGCACGGCAGGUCACAGACGAUGCCUAUAAUACGUGGGAAGAAUGCUCUGUCCAACCCCAAACUGCUGCAAAUGAUGGACGUUUCCAGCAUAAUGAUCAAUGGGGCUCCCAGUGAAAUGGACAACUUGAACCUCAUCGAUAUAGAAGCGAACACUGCAACAGAGGUCUGCCUAACAGUGCUUGAGAUCAUUUGUCUCUUUAUGCAGAACCAUCAGAGACAACUGCAACAGGAUGAUGGUCAUAAUUCCACGAUGAAGAGAGUCUUUGACACCUACUUGCUGUUUCUGCAAGUCAACCAGUCAUCAGCUGCUCUGAAACACGUAUUUGCAGCUCUCAGGUUAUACGUCUCCAAGUUUCCUUCAGCGUUUUUCCAAGGCCGAGCAGAGCUGUGUGGAACGCUGUGCUAUGAAAUCCUAAAGUGUUGUAACCACAGAUCAAGCUCUACGCAAACCGCAGCCUGUGCUCUUCUCUACCUCUUCAUGAGGAGGAACUUUGAGUUUACAAAAGGAAAGUCAAUAGUCAGGUCCCAUCUUCAGCUUAUCAAAGCUGUGAGCCAACUGAUAGCAGACGUAGGAAUGGGAGGCACACGAUUCCAGCAGUCACUGGCAAUUAUCAACAAUUUUGCAAACGGAGAUACACCCAUGAGAAACACUCUGUUUCCUGUGGAAGUGAAAGACUUGACGAAGCGAAUAAGAACAGUGCUAAUGGCGACAGCUCAGAUGAAAGAGCAUGAGAAGGAUCCGGAAAUGCUGAUUGACCUUCAGUACAGCCUGGCUAAUUCAUACGCCAGCACCCCUGAACUGCGAAUGACAUGGCUUGAGAGCAUGGCGAAAAUUCACAUCCGAAACGGAGACCUGUCGGAGGCUGCAAUGUGCUACAUCCAUAUCGCUGCCCUGAUAGCAGAGUAUCUCAGAAGACGAGGUUAUUGGAAAACAGAAGUGACUCGUUUCUGCACCACCUUGUCUGAGGAAUCACAUAACCCUGACAGUAACCAAUUACUAACAUCACGUGAAGGAAGAAGGUUAUUCUCAAUGGGCUGGCCAGCGUUUGAGACAAUUACCCCCAACGUGAAGGAAGAGGGCGCCAUGAAGGAAGAUUCCGGAAUGCAGGACACCCCAUACACCGAGGACACCCUGGUAGAGCAGCUGGAAGCUUGCGUUGACUACCUCUGGAAAUCUGAACGGCACGAACUUAUUGCAGAUGUCUACAAGCCUGUUAUUACUGUUUAUGAGAAAAAGAGAGAUUUUAAGAGGCUGUCAGAAUUAUACUACGACAUUCACCGAUCGUACCUGAAGAUCACCGAGGUUGUAAAUUCGGAAAAGCGCUUGUUUGGAAGAUACUACCGAGUGGCGUUUUAUGGACAGGCUGUGGCAUUUUUUGAAGAAGAUGACAGCAAGGAAUACAUUUAUAAAGAGCCCAAGCUCACGGGACUGUCAGAAAUCUCCCAGCGGUUGUUGAAACUAUAUUCAGAUAAAUACGGAGCAGAUAACGUGAGGAUGAUCCAAGAUUCUAACAAAGUCAAUCCCAAAGACUUGGAUCCAAAGUUCGCCUAUAUCCAAGUCACCUACGUCACUCCGUAUUUUGAUGAGAAAGAACAUCUUGAAAGGAGAACAGAUUUUGAACGUCACCACAAUAUCAGGCGUUUUGUGUUUGAGACUCCUUUUACACUCACUGGCAAAAAACAUGGUGGAGUGGAAGAACAGUGCAAGAGAAGGACAAUCUUAACAACCAGCCACACGUUCCCUUAUGUGAAGAAGAGAAUUCAAGUGAUUGACCAGCAAAGCACAGAGCUCAAUCCUAUUGAGGUGGCAAUUGAUGAGAUGUCAAAGAAGGUUUCAGAACUGAAUCACCUUUGCUAUAUGGACGAUGUGGACAUGAUUCGACUGCAGCUCAAACUGCAAGGAAGCGUCAGUGCCAAGGUAAAUGCAGGUCCCAUGGCCUAUGCUCGAGCAUUUCUGGAGGAAAAGAAUGCAAAGAAAUAUCCAGACAACCAAGUAAAACUCCUGAAAGAAAUUUUCAGACAAUUUGCAGCUGCUUGCGGACAUGCUCUCGAGGUUAACGAGCGACUUAUUAAAGAGGAUCAAUUAGAAUACCAGGAUGAGAUGAAGUCUCACUACAGGGAUCUGCUCAGUGAACUGUCUGCAAUAAUGAAUGAGCAGGUUUUGUGCGGGGAGGACGUGACAAGGCAGCAAGGAAUGGAACGUCAACACGUCUUCAGAGCAAUCAGUAAACCCAACUCUUCGACCAACCUGCCGAAUGUGACGGUCACAUCGAAUGCAGAGUGACCGUUCGUUCUCUAAAUGCGUGGGUACUCGCAUUGCCAUAAAUUAUAAGUGUUAACUCCGAUCCUGAAGAUUAAUUGCGUUGUGUUUUAAGAAAAAGAAAGUAUUCUAUUUUACUGAACUGUUACAAUUUGAAAACAGUGUUAUAACUCUGGCUUAACAUUCAUCUCUGCAAUGUACCUGGAGUGUGAUCACUAUUUACUGGGAUUUAUAUUGUGAUGUGACCUUUAUUACACCACGCUGGAUAUGUGUAAUUGAUACAAUAUGAAUGUACAGUGCUUGCCGUUAAGCUGUAUGGUACCUAACCUGUUCUUUGCUAGUAUAUUGUUGGAAAUAUUGAUAUUUUAUAACCUUUAAAUAUUUUGAGAUGCUUUUAUUUGCUUUUAAUUGUAAAUAUUUGACUUUACCAUGUAAAAUAGAUCUUUUACAAUGACUUUAAAUGGAUAUACUGGUAAAGAUGAAGUUAACAGCAAAGUCACUAAAAAAAAAGGGGUAACUUUUUGAAAUAAAAUCUGUAAAAUAUUUGUGUAUAUACAUUCGGAAUUUUUUUAAACUUUAUUUUUACAAAUGUUGCUGGAAGCACAAUGCAUACUGACAAAAUAGAAUAGGAGAACCAUUAGGCAGAAGAAGGAUGUGUAUUGUAUGACAGCAGUGGAACACCAUGAUCCAUAGAUCUUUUUUGGGGGGGGGAAUGUAUGCAUAAGCAACGGAUAAGAGAGAAUGAUUACAAGGCUGUAAUUUAGUGGCAGAAUUCAGAUUCAGACUAAUACAGUAUACGUCGAUUUCUAAUGGGCUUCCCAAAUAAGGAUGAUGACUAUCAAUCACUCCUCUCCAGCAAAAGCGACCUUCAUAGUGGCUUUCUGCAGGGUGUUUUGUGGAUACUGGAGGGAGUAUUAAGGAAACCUUAUUAAGGAAACCCAUUAGAAAUUGCUUUGAAUUAGAUCCUCCAACACCGUAAAUCACAAGAGCAAAGCCCAGGUAGUUUAUGAUUGGGAUGCGAACACCACAGUGGGAUGAUGUGCUUAAAUAUCAUGUCCUUUUAACCUGUUGUUAUUUAUUAAAUAUGUCAGACAAUGCCAGAUGUUUUAGUUUAGUUGAAUACUCUUAUUCCUGUGUUUUCACCUGUGGUCCUGUGCCUGAAUUUGUGAGGAAAGACAGUGACAUUCUUUUUUUUUCCAUGAUGAUAAUUGGCAGCUUUUUUUUGUUUUUUUUUAAAAUGUGUUGUGGUUCACAUGUCAUUGUAUAAAUAUGCCUUCUCGCUGGUAGCAAACGUGAUUUUCAAAAAUAAACAAAAAUCACGAAAGAAGUG